AUGGUGCAGAGAGAAAUUAAUUGUGUUAUCGAUUUCUUGGAUGAAUCUUUUGAGCAAGCCAAAAAUUUGGAUGCACAAUGGAAUAACGUUUCUGGAAAACCGCCGCUUUUUGGUAUGCCAUUCAGCGUGAAAGGAAAUUUUCAUAUGAAAGGUUAUGAUUGUACUAUUGGACUUGCAAAGUUUUUACAAAAUCCAGUGGAAAAUGAUUGCACGUUGGUAACUUUUUUGCGAUCUCAAGGUGCAAUACCAUUUGUUAUGACAACCGUUCCCCAAGGAUUGUUGAGUUUCGCUUGUUGCAGUAGUUUAUACGGAAUAACUUCGAAUCCACACUCGCAUUCCAGAACACCAGGAGGCUCAUCUGGAGGAGAUUGUGCACUGUUUGUUGCUGGCGGAAGUACAUUUGGGACUGGAAGUGAUUUAGCUGGUAGUUUGAGAAUUCCGGCAAGUUUUUGUGGUGCCACAACUCUGAAACCAACAGAAGGACGUUUAAAGACGAAUUAUACACUGAAUGGAUGUAGUGGUAAGACUCGUUUAUCACUAGGUUACGGUUUCUUCACCAAAACUGUCGAUGAACAAAUUUUCUUACUUAAAAUCUUGUUAGGAUCAGUUGAAUACCAUGAACUGGUUCCACAUCAACCACUUUUUCCUCUAAAUGAAAACAAGCUUACUGUUGCAAACAGUCGACAUCUUCGUAUUGGUUAUUUUGUUGAAGAUGGUUUUAUGAAGCCUGUUCCAGCUUGUUCGAGAGUUGUUGUGCAAACGGUUGAAAAAUUGAGAGAACUUGGACAUGAAUUGGUGUUGUUUCAUUUACCUGAUCCAGAACAUGCUGCUUCACUAUUUUAUCGUGCCAUUUUACCGUAUGGAAGAGAACAGUUACUGCAAAUAUAUGCAAAUGAAGUGAUCCCUCCACUUCUUCGUACUUUUGUCUUCCUCCUUAAGCUACCGCUUCUUUUAUGCAGUAUUAUUAGUUACGUUCUAUCAUUUAUCAGUACGCCACUAUCGAUAGUCUCUGGCUCAUACAUUAGAAAUCUUCAAGAUCUUCAAAUAACACAAAAAUUGACUGACCAAUACAUAGAAAAGUUUACAGAGCAGUGGAAAACAUUCGAGCUGGAUGCACUUAUAUGUCCUGCAUUUGCAGUUCCGGCUGUACCGCACGCUUAUCCAAGCCGUCUCGGAACAUGCGCUUUUGCUACCGGUUUGUUCAAUUUGUUGGAUUUUCCAGCUGGAAUUGUGCCUACAGGAACAGUUAAUUCGGAUGAUGAUAGAUUAUUAGCUGAUGAAGCUUUCUGGCAUACAGGCAUUGAUUUCGCACUUAAAAUAUUAAGGGAUGCAGCUCGUGAUUCGGCAGGUUUACCUGUAGCUGUGCAAGUAGCUACUUUACCACUGGAGGAGGAAAAGUGUUUGUCGGUAAUGAAAGAGAUCGAAAAAGUAUGGAGAAAGUAG